UACGACCAACGACCAACGACUCAUUGUAGACUGGGCAUAAAGCAAUACGAAGUGGAGACAUUUUCUACGACUACUGCUACGACCUAUGACUCUCCAUUCUAGAUGGCCCUUUACAUUAAUCGGAAGCAGCCAGUUGCGACUUGCGACAUCCAAUAAGCGCUUAGUUUCUAGUUAAAGCUCGACAGUCAUUGGGUGUUGCAAAUUGCAACUGGCGAUUGCGAUUAAUGUAGAACGGGCUUUACAUCCACGCUAAUGCUAAUCAAAUUUCGGUCGCACGAAAAAAGUCGCGGUGGCCGCUCUCAGGUUUCUCUCUGCUAUCAAUGUAUCGAUUACAUAUAAUCGCCAGAACGACUAUAAACAAAGAAUCAGCGUCGAAUGAUUCGAGUCGAAUCGCGGAUGGCGGGAUUGGCGGGGAGCGUUGCGCGUUGCAUCUCGCGAACGUGCAAUCGAUAAAAUAGAAUGGCCGACUCGGAAGAGAAACAAAGAGGGAAACAUGAACGAGAGAGAGAGAGAGAGAGCGCGCGCGAGCGAGAUGACUGGGUGGGUGAGAGUGGGUGGAGGCGGUAGUGGUGGUGGCGGUGGCGGUGGCAGGCGGCGGUGAGCAUAAAGAGGAUAGGAUAAUAUCGGUGCGCGUCCUCCCGUCCGGAGGUGUCCUUUCGCGGCGGGAUUUCGUAUUCGGAUUUGUUUCUUAUCGUAGCUUCUCGUAACCGAGAUUUGUACGAUGUAGUUAUGCCGAAAAGGAGCACGCGGCAUGUAAAGGAGUCGGGGAACACGAGAAGCAUCCAACAGCAGCGGCAACAAUAUCAACCACUACUGCCGCCGCAGUCACCACAACCGCCACGGCCCGGUGCGACGACCGUCUCAGAAGUGGCGGCAGCGAAACACUUUCGCAGCGUACAUAUCGGCGUGACGAAUAGCAAACGCUGGCUGUCGCUGAAGAAACGCCUUGGUCUCACGACUGACGAGGAUGUCGCAGUGUACUUGCUGGACCUCGCCGAAUCCGCUACCACUACCACUACCACUAGGCAACAGGGUAAAUGCAAUGGGGCAGAGAACUGGAAAGCAAAUCGUAAUCAUGGCAAGCAGGAUAAGAAAGCUGUCAAGACUGAAAACUCCAAUAAAGAAGAUGAAGAGGUGGAACAGCAGCAGCAAUUUGUUCGCACAAGUUCGAGGAAACGAGACUUCGUGUCGAACACGGUCGAGAUGCCUUCUGCCCGUACGAUAAGUGAGAGCGUGUCAGAGGUGCUAGACAAUGCGAUCAAAUUGCACGUGCGACGUAGUUCAAAAUCAAAGCAUCACAAGAACAAGACAAAGCAUCGCAAGGACAAACGGAAGAAACGACGACAUUUGAAAAACGGCGUCGAAGAUAGCGGCUCUAUUGGACUAGACAGAUCGGAAGAUAUCAAUGAGACGGUACCAGAUGCACGGAAUAGUUUGACACAGAGCAGCAGAAGUUCGAAUAAUCGUGAAACGACUGUAAUCAGUGAUUUAGAUGGUAAAUUAAAAUUAGAUAUUGAGAGCUUUGAAAUCGACACAAAAGACGUUGAAGCCUCUACGACCAAGACUGAUCACGUAGAUAGUAUAAGAUUUCGAAAUGAUGUAAAUAGCACGACGAGUAGCGACACCAAAUGCAAAGUAAAAGCAACGGAUAUACCUGGCGAUUCGACGAGGAAUACUUUACGAGAUAAUAAAAUUAAGUUGCAUUUUGACGAUACCACGGCGUCGUCUCUUCCGAAGUACGUGUAUGACACUCAAGAGUUAAACAAAGACGUGGAAUAUUUAUUGAAUCCCGCACCCAGUACCGAUGAUAUGAUCGAGGUAUCCGCUACUGCAGACGCAUCUGAGAAAGAAGACCAGGCCAGAUUGAUGCCACGUUGUGCGGAAUCGUACGAAUCCAAGGACACAGAGGAUCACAAAGUAAAAAGGAGACGAAAACGUCCGCGUCAUGAUGCGCAAAUCGAAGAUAACUCCGCAAAAGAUUUCGCUGAAAGCAAUCCUUUAGAUGAGGCGAUGAUAUUGAAACACCGUCGAAGAAAGCACAAGCACACUAAUGAGCAUAAAAGCAAAAAACAUCACGAUGUACGAAAAGCGCCGCAAGACGGUAUCGUCGUGCGAGAGGAAGCACGAAACGAGUGUCCAUCGAAGAUCACUGAGCUGCCAUCUUCAACGGCAGGAUCCGGAAGAAUCGCUGAGAAUGACGACUGUUCCGAUGACCUUAAUGGUCCCGGUGUUCCCGAUGGUCGCACCGAUGAUCCCGAUGCUCCCGAUGGCUCCGAUGGCCCCCAUGGUACCGACGACGUCACGUCGGAGCCGCAAAGACUUGCAAUUAAAAUCAAACUCUGUCAGGAAUGUAAUUGUCGUCAUUUGCAGGACGCAUGUCCUUUGACGACGUCGCAGUACACCGUAGCUGACGCACUCUCCUACGAGAACUGGUUAGGCAAGCACAAGGGGAACACAGAGAUAAUGAAAGCCAUUACAUCGGAUGAUCCAAUGUCGGAAGGUUAUGGUAGAUUAGCUUACGACGGCUUCGAGUCGGAUGACGAAUCGCUAGCGUCCAGCCAACAAGAACAAUGCAAAGCUAAGCCAAAGGUGCAAAGGGAGGAAAAGCAGCUAGUAGUAGAGAUGGAUCGGCCUUUAUAUGCCAGAGAUUCUCUCCCCGACUGUCUUGAAUUGAGAAUGACCAAUACUGAUCACGGUCUCGGCGUCUACGCCAAGGACCCGAUUCCGAUAUUUGCCAAGUUUGGCCCUCUUGUCGGCAUACCCGUUAGAGAAAUGGACAUUCCAGAUGAUUUUUCGAUGCGUCACAUUUGGGAGAUAGAUAAUAAUGGGAAGAGUACAUAUAUUAGUACUACAGAUCCGUUAAAAAGCAAUUGGAUUCGAUACAUUAGACCAGCUGAGACAAAGGAGAAGAGAAACAUCGCGGUAAUUGCGAAGCACGGCCAACUGUAUUUUGUUACAACUCAGAAUAUUGUGUCAGGGAUGGAGCUUACUUAUUGGGUUGAAUCGCAAUCUUCCACUUGGACGAGAAAAAAUAAAAUCAAUAAAACGAAUUGUGGAGGAUGCAAUCUUAUUUUUGCGCACUCGAUAUAUUAUCGAUUGCAUUGCUGUAUCUUUCAUGACAUGAAUUACAGUUUAACGAUAAGAAAAUAUCACUGCAAGGUUUGUGGCGCUACGGUGCUUGGUAAAGAUAAUAUUAUGAAACAUGCAGCGGAGUUGCACGAAGGUCGCGGCGCGUAUCAGUGUCAGUAUUGUAGAAAAUUUUUUUUAAGGCUGAAUUACUUAGAAAUGCAUCGAACCUAUGGAUGCUCACAGAAUCCACAUCGGGCGCGACCAUUAUGCGAUUUCUGUGGUCGUAAAUUCUGUCAACCGCAAAAAUUAAAAGUACACAUCAAGAGGAUGCAUAGCGAUAUGGCUGAGGUGUUAAGGGAAUUUCAAUGUAAAUUGUGUUUGAAACUCCUGGGUUCUCGCGCGGCUCUACAGCGACACAUGAAAGAGGUUCAUCACAAAGACGUUAUUGCCGCAGCAACGUGCGAUCGAUGUGGAAAAAUGUUUCAGAACAAAAGCAACUUGAAGAUACAUAUGCUGACCCAUAGCGGGGUAAAACCAUUUAGGUGCAAAGAGAACGGCUGUAAGGCAGCUUUCACCACGAAACAGUGUCUACAGUUUCAUUACAAGAAGGUACACGGUCUUACAGAGGAAAUGAUGCCCAAGAUCGAGAGAUCUGUGGCAUAUACCUUUGACGCGUAUAGCGGGGGCCUCGUUGAGGACGUGCCUUGUGGAAGGAUUAUUCGCUCCAGCAGAAGAAAUUCACAGCAGGACAAUAGCAACAGUUUACCGUCUCUGGACGACUGCAGCUCAGAGAGCAGCUUAAAAGUCGAUGCAUCUACACCAGUACCGGUAUCAGUACCGGCAUCAUCGGCACCACCGGCACCACCAGCGCCGCCGACACUUCCACAAGUUCCGAUAUCGUCCGCGGAAUCAACCACAGGAUCGCCAUCAGCACCGAUAUCGAUUUCAAUAUCGGUGUCGGUGUUGGCAUCGGCACAGACGGCGGCAGCGGUGGCAAAUUCUGCUCAUAAUGUCAUCGUAGAUUCAUUACAAAGCGAGGCAAAUUCUACGAUAAAAUACAAGAUGGAGCAGCAAGAGUCUCAGGUUUCAACUCCAUCUACUCAAACCACAUCCUUGUCCAGUGGGCUUGAUGCGACGAUGAUGGAGAAUGGACAAACGGAGGUUGAUUUGUACAACACAUCGAGGACGCUGAGUAAGGGCAGCAAAAAGUGGCUGACCAAUGAAUUCAAUCCACCGCCUACGCCUACAUCCGAUAUCUCUGCUCAUUUACCGACGGUCUCGGCACCGUCUUCCGAUAUGUAUGAUUUUGAAGACGGUCGAAAGGAUAACGGUAGCGAGAAAGCGAUCUCACGCGACAGCACAACCGCGCCAAGUUUGAUAGAGAGCAAUAAAUUGCGGUUGAACGUAUACCGGAGUAGAACAGAGAGCGCGAACGCGAGUUUGCUGGUUGAAGCGGCUCUAGAUGCAGCUGAGCGAGAUAUAGGAACAGUGUCCAGCCCUAUCUUAGAGGACAACGAUCGCGAGGCCAAUCUCUAUUCCAUCUCGAGUCAACUGCAGUCACCGAUACCGCAGCCGCGGUCACCAAAUCAGCUAGACUCUUACAUUGUACAACAAGAGGAGGAACUGAUUUCGCCCGCACCAACUCCAGACGAUCGACACUCGCCUCCUACUCACCUACACGUAGAUUAUCAUCUGCAUCGACCAGUCGAUUACAUCAACACCUCGCGAACGCACAAUAUCGAACAGUAUUUGCAUCAUGAAGAGUUGCCGCGCGUCUCUUCUCCAAAUUACAUACACAUGCAGCAAGAAGACUUAGUAUCGCCGUCGGCCACGCCGAAUCACCGUUAUCAGGAUGUGCAUCAUCAUCACCAUCAUCAUCAUCAUCAUCAUCAGGUACCGACGGAUAAUCUGUCGAGCGAUGAGGGCGACUCGGUGGCGCAGAAUCUUAGCCUGUCGGUAAAGGAGAAAGCGUUACAGUUAGAUUUAUCGACGUCCUAUAAGUACGAUUCCCUUGAACAGGAUUUCACUCGUGAGAGAUCCAACUUUGAGCCAUUGGUACUCAAUAGUAAUGAGCUUCAGGGUUUAGAUAUGUCGGCACGAGGUUUCCACCACAGUUUUGGCGCCCAGAUGCAAAACACCCGUUAUCAUCAUCACCAUCUGUACGACAUUGGCGAACGGCAAAGCGUGGAUCUCAGUAGAACGAGCAGUUAUUCUAUGUCGCCACCUCCGCCACCGCCACCUUAUCCACACAACGAGGUUGUACGAGUGGUCAGCUUGGAUCUUACUCCUGGCGGCAGGCAUAGUGUCGAUCUGAGUCUUUCUAGAUCGCAUCAUCUGCAUGGUUCAGGUACUCGUGUCAUCACCAGUCCGCAACCCGUCGGCUCGACUACGCACGUGGCUGUAUCUGAUACUGGCGAAGGCCGAAUGCUAUCGCCGCCUCCACCUCCUUUGUCUGGGUAUAAUCCCAGUUAUCCCGUAAGUCCGGCCCCGUAUCAUCCUCCAAGAUCCGGAUAUCAUCAUUAUCCCGGUUAUUAUUGAUCGUCAUUAAUAAAUGCCAUGACGUUUUGUAGUCAACAUCUUCUGGGCAACUUUUGUUUUGGAUGUCUUCGAAUCCUGAUCUUUGUUUUAUUAUUUUUACUCUGAAUGAGUUUUAUUAAAAAAUCGUUAAUUAUUUAAAUGUACAUUAUGUUUUUAUAUCGCGACGGAACUGCCAUUUUUGCACGUUAUUAAAAAUAGCGCAAAGUUAUAUUUUAUUCUCGUGAUCAGUUUAAUACUUGAGUCGGUGAUAACGAAAAUUUUGACGCGCAUGAUAAAAAUUAAAGAAAAAACAAAGCUUUUCGAGACUUAAGGAGACAAUGAAAAAAUCAAUAAUACCGUACGACAGAUAGUCAUAACACUGUCAUUUAACGUGAUAAAUGCACAAAAGUGUACAUGAUACAUUCACGACAUUCAAAACAGAUGUUAUUUUUUUAAACAAAAUCAAGUAGAACAAGAUUUUACGUAGGAAAAUCUAUUUCAGAAUAAUCGAAUAAUCCCUCGAGGGAAGUUUAUUUAUUCACAAUUAUAAUAGUUGUUAAAUUAUUUAUUAUUUGUCCUUCUCUAAGCUAUGCAAGCAUAUAUGAUGUGUGAUGCGUGAUUAUUUAUGGAAUGAAGAGGGGAGGGCGGAAGUGAAUGAGUGAGUCAGUGAGUGAGUGAGUGGGUUGAUGAGUAAGGAUGGGGAGGGGAGAAAAAACAAUUACACCUGAUCCAGUGCCACGUCCGUGAUAAUUAAAAAUAUUAAGAUGUUAUUUACCUCUUAGCUUAUAUUCCACUAUUUCGAACCUAUAUGUCACCAAGAAAUACUUUAACGUGGCUUUGGUGAUAAAAGUAGCAUCCCAGAGUAACAUUUCUUGCAAAAAUUAUACUAUUAGAGAUUGAGAAAUUAAAUUUGAAUUUUUUCUUAAAAAGAGAAAAAGGAGAAUUUAAAAAAUGCACUAGCAAUAUUUUAAUAACUUGUAAUAAGUUUUAUUUAAAUAACAUAUUCUUUUAAUUGCAAAUUGUUUAUAAAAUGACUUUAUAUAUUAUCUGGGAUGCUCUAAUACGUAUUUGCGAAAUUAUCAAGAUGCCUAAUGCAGUAGCUAUAAGUAUCUCUGCAUGGUGAUAACAGAUUGUAACGUUUGUUUUUAUUCUAGUCAUUAUAUUGAAUUAGCAAAGGCAACCUUAGCUAAGGUACAAGUAUUUCAGCUAUCGCAAAUCGUUCGUCCAAAUAUAUAUAUUUUGAUGUAAAUGCAAAUUUGUACGAAUUUUGUUAAAAAUUUUGCGUUUUCUUGCCGAUUAAUUUAGCGAGGAAUAUUAGUGAUAUUAACGUAUUCUGUUAUUGAAGUAAAAUGCAAUAUUACAAGCUCUAUUUUAUAAAGCUCCAAUUAUUGCGUUUCUUUUACAUAAACUUUAAAAAUUUAUGUUUAAAAAACAUACACGCGACAGCGAUUGUGUUUCUAAAAAAGGGGGGGAUAUGUAUGCGUGUGCGAUACGUGCGUGCGUGCACACGAUAAGUACACGCGCGCACGCACGCACACACGUACAGAGAGAGAGAAAGAGAAAGAGAGAGAGAGAGAGAGAGGGAGGGGAGGGGCAUGUUUUACGCAAUACACAUGAACGCAAUUUACAAGCUCGCGUAAAAACAUGUUAAUUUUCUUAUCGCUUCCAGAAGUUUCUGGAUUUACUCUCUCUAACUAUUUAUCGAAACCAAAGAUCUAAAAAUAUUGUAACUUUUGUGCCAAAUCGAAAGGCGCUUAUUGUUAUAUAUUAUAUUGUAUACACGCAACUUUUAGCAGAAUAUAGCGAAUAAAAAAGGAAGAGAAGGGAAGUAGGCAACGCGCAUAAUGUUGCCUGUGUCACUUUUGCCAUACUUUUCGUUAUAUAACUACGCUUUACUCGUGCAUUCGUGCGCGGAAAGUUUUAUGAUAUUUUGUUAAUCUCUUUUACAUAGAUUUUUUUUAUAAUGCUUCUGCCAUUAAGAAUAGUUACCAUUUUAUUUUUAUUUUUAUUGCGUCAAUUUUUAUAUUUAUAAUAUAUUCGCGCUUGCGCUUUUUUAUUUAUCAUAGUUUGUACAUUGUGCAUAAUGUAAGGACAACAAACAGGAUACAUCUAUUAAGGUAUAAAUAUAUAUAUAAAUAUAUACACAUAUACAUAUGUGCGUGUACAUGACAAAAAGAAAAAUUCAAAAGAAAUGUUUACGAGUACAAAAUGUGGCACAGACUAUAUUUGUAUCAGGUUUAUCGACAUAAAUAUUGUAAGUUAUAUUAAUAGAAUAUGGCAAUGAAGCA